AUGACCGUGGAAGAUCUUGCCAGGGAAAUGAAUGAAAUCAUCGACGAAGUUUCCGCUAUACUCCGGAUUGGUCGGGGGCACUGCCGCAUCCUCCUGCACAAAUUCAACUGGAACAAAGAGAGUUUAUUAGAAAGAUACUAUGAAAAUCCUGAUACUGACGCUUUCCUUCGCAAAGCCCAAGUACUGCCCCGGAAACCUGCACCGCCUCCUUUAUCGUCUGUUGGGGAAUGCGAUAUAUGUUGCACCAUGGCCCCUCUUGGAGGUUUAGAUUGCCAUCAUUGGGCAUGCUCGAACUGUUGGCAAAGGUAUCUCGAUACAAAGGUUAGUAUAAGAUUGAUGUUUCGAUGUUUAGAAGUUCAUUCAACACACACGUUCUACAUCUGUCAGCGUGACACAGUUACGCGGCAUGAAAUUUUUGGUAUUUAA